GAGGAAGCGCAGAAGCAGGACAAGUAGGAAGCAGGGAUCAUUGUACUGUAGAAUUUGCUUAUGCGGAGACGCGUAUAAACACAGCGGCUGGACGACACUUCAGAGACAUAAGUUUAUAGCAUGCAAAGGAAAAUUGUUAAAGGUGGGACGGCCGUACCCAGAAUUCGAGAAAACUCGAGGCUGAUGCGGACACACGAAUCGAUGGUAGAUUACCUGAGUGGACGCGAUUCUUCGGGCUCUUUCCUGAACGCCAUCGGGCCUGCCCUUUUUGGGUUCAAUUUCCCCUUGGAGAAUGACAUCAUUUAUUCAGAUGACGAUGAUGACGAUGAUGAUCGUUUUUAUCCGCGCAGGACUGCCAGCAGGACUUUAGAACCACAUCCACAAAUAAAACAGCUCACUGAUGAGGAGGCUGAUAAAAUUGCAAAGGAAUUAAUAGAGGAAGAGGAACGGCGUAAGGAGAAAACUAAGAAGAACAAGCGUAAAAAAAUGCGUAAAAAAGAAAAGAAGCGACUCGAAAAGGAGAAUGCAGUAGUUAAAGAUGGUUCACCUGAUGAAGAACAAGGCAAGUCAGACUCCUCGGAAAAAGAAGACGACGACAACACUAUAAUUGAAAGUAAUGCAGAAACAACUGAAUCUUCACAAACUGAUAACAAUCAAAAGGCAAUUGAGGCAGCUGGAUGUGAGGAGAGCAGUGCUAAUACUGCAGAAAAAAGUCUUAUGAAGAUGAAAGAGACCGAAGAAGAGAGCCAAAAGGAUUUGGAUUUAAAUAAUUCAUAUGAUUCUUCUGCUAAAUUGGUGCCUGAGGAAACGUGGAUCCAGAAUCCUAAAAAAGGAAGAACAAAGGAGGAAAGUAAAUUACUUGCUGUUCAACAGCCUGAAGAGGAAAAGCCAGAAAUUGCUGAGAAGCCUGAUGUUAGAAAGAAAGAGAAACCUGAAACCAAUAAACAGAAAUCAGUGGCUCCCAUAGCAGAGGAGUAUGCAAAGAGAAGCAUCGAUCUUGCCAAUAUAGGAAAUCGUUUGGCUGCCUCUGGGCAGUAUGAGAAGGCAGUGAAUUGUUUCACUGAAGCUAUUAAAUUCAACCCAAAGGAAUUUAAGUUAUUUGGAAAUCGGUCCCUCUGUUUUGAACGACUGCAGCAGUAUGAAAGUGCUCUGAGGGAUGCUGACCUCGCACUCUCCAUGGAACCAAACUGGAUAAAAGGUUUAUUUAGGAAAGGAAAAGCUCUCUGUGGCCUCAAGAGAUACUACGAAGCCUCGCUGAUCUACAAAGAGGUCCUGAAGCUGGAAAGUACAAGUGCCGAAGCUGCACAGGAGCUGAAACGAGCACAGACUUUGCACCUCAUGGAAAUGGGCUUCAGCUGGGCACAGAGCUCCGAGGCCCUGAAAACUCACGGCACAUUAGAGGAAGCUGUGGAGGCUCUGUUUUCCAGUGAGGUUAACACAGGUCCUGGAGUUUGUACAGCUCAUGCAACCAGUAGAGACCAAGCAGACCAGCCAGCAGAUGAUGAUGAUGAUGAUAAUGAUGAUGAUGAUGAUGAUGAUGAUGAUGAUAGCAAUGAUGAUGUGGGCGAGUGGACUGUCCUACAAACAGGCCGCCCUCGAACGCAGCAGGCGAGAGAAUCUGAUGCGUUGGGCCAAAGCAGAGUGAAGUCUCAGUCGCCGACCCCUCGCCCCAGGAGUGCUGUAAAACCAGCGCUUUUCCCUGUUUGGACUGGAUUAUUGGCCCCGACUGUCACCUAUGUAAAACUCCACGAGCUCUUUAGCAGAGCUGGGACCGUCUACAGCAUCAAGAUGCUGCUGGAGCAGCAGUGUGCCUUUGUGAACUACACCAGAAAGGAGGACUGUGAUAAAGCUAUCCAGUGUAUUAAUGGAAUUAUUUUCGAGGGGGCUCCGCUGACGGUGCGAUACCCCUACAAAAUCCACCCCGAGCUCGGUGUGUCCAAAUCAGCAGCUACUGACCGCUGCCCACGCCCCAGCACCUACAAGAAGGAGUGCUUUUUCUGGAGGACAACAGGAUGUACGAGGCAGGACUGCACCUUCAGACACGUCCCAGAGCACAAGAACAUUGACAGGGACAAAUUCACCAGCAGGCUGGGACUGCAUGCAGCAAAUCAAAAAUGAUCACACAAACGUAUAAACGACGACAACAAAAAGAGUUUGGAAUUGAAUUUUUGGGAAUUCUGUGCAUCACCAUGACUGUAUGUGUCCAAAUGAGACAUCAGUCUAUAUAGUGCUGCAGUUAUUGUAAUUAUUCAUGUGCCUUCUUAGGGUUGCAUAUAAAAUGUGCCUCUAGCACUAAGCACUCGUUGGCAAUGGGGUGUUGUUGGGAAUUGUUGAUUCCAUCUGGUUAUAGAUUUGACUUUUAGUUUGUUGUGUUUUCAUUAUUUAAAUUAGAUUUAACAGAUUUUUCUGUUGGUUUGAACACUAGGUGGCAGCAUUAUAUUUAGCUCUGAACUUUAGGGCUGCAAACUCUUUGCUUUCGUUUUAAAGGCUGUGAUUCCUGCAUGGUUAUUUUACUGGCACAUUUAAUGUGCUGCGUUUCAUUUUGUAAAUGUCUUAUUGCUGGGCAGCAGUUUGUGUGUGAGUGUGUGUGUGUGUGGACUGAUCAACGGUUGGAUUCUGUUGGUAUGAACAUUAAAAGGUUUGUGUUGCCCCUUCUGUGGGAGAAUUUGUUUAAGUAUAGUUAUGUUUGUAUAGGAGCAUUGUUGUAAAAAAAAAAAAAAAA